AUGUGGGGAAAAAAUAAAAAAAUCAAUGAAUUGAUAAAGGAAAUAAACCAACAAUAAGAGAUAGAUUUGGAAGAUUUAAAUUAUAUCCAGCAAAGCUAUAUUACUCGUGAAGAUAAUAUACUCCACCUUCGUAUUUAUUUGAUGCAAAUUAUUGAAAAUGGUUUUGGAUUAAGAGGAGGCUCGGCUAGCGGAAAUCAAAAUUUAAACGCAGCUAACCAAAAUACUCUCAAUGAGCUUAGGUAAAUUAUUUAUUCUCUCCAAAGCUUGGAAAAGUAUCGUGCUGAUUAUGAAGACUAAGUUAUUGCUAAAUACUAAAACUUUUUAGCUAGUAAAAGCAAUACGAAUAGUAACGCAGGGAUAAAAGCACUAGGAUUUAAGAUAUUCUCCAAGAUCCACAAAUUGAAUGUUGCCUAUCUCAAUAAGAUUCAAGUGUUUUUUCCUAAAUUGUAUGAUAUUAUUUUUUAGGAUCAGCUAUCUCUCAAUAGUACGAUGAAAGAAAGUGCAACUCAACUAAUAAGCAAGUCUGGAUUAACUCUUGGUAAGAUUUUUGCUUUAGUAGCCAAAUCAGGAAGAUAAAGACUCCAAAAGGAACUUACUAAACUGCAGAACUACUCAAGCUACUAUUCUCAGCUCGCUCAGGAGAGAAGUAAGAACAAUAAAAACGAAAGGUUCUAUUCUGAUAAAUACCUUUAAGGCUUUGAGUCUUUCUCGUAUAUAAUAAGCUUACAAAAAAAAUUUUAUUUAAGACAGUAGCCUCCUUACAAAACAUUAUUGACAUCUAAAAAGAAAGAAAAGGCAAACAGCAAUGUCAGCUUUGCAGGUGGUAUUGGAGGUCCCAACAUGUACGAUGACAUCAUGAACAUUGACAAAAAAAGUAAGAAUGAAAUUGGUGGUGGAAAUGGAGCUGUUGGAUCCUCUUAAAGUUUACACUUUUAGAAGGAAUAUGAGUCUAUUUUUGAAAUAAUCUUGAGUAAUUAUGAAAAAUACAUGAAAGACUACGUAUCUAACAAUAAAUAUAUAAGUUUUAAGAUUCGAGCUUAUACUUAAAGUGUAGUCAAAUUAAAACCAAUCAAUAAAAGAAAUCCACUUUACAAUAGAAUAAAUCACUAGAACUAUUAAAAAGAGUAAGAAAAUCGCUAAAAGAUUAUCCAACAGAACUAGUCAUUAGAUAAUAUUAGUUAAGUACAGAAUAAUUAAUAGCAGAUACAAAGGACUAAUGCUGCUAGCACCAGUAAUCUUGACAGAUUAAUGCCUCCUACUUAUGACUUUAACCAACGAAAUAAUUAAAUAAAGAAUUCACCUUCAAAGAGUGUAUAGAGGACAUUUUAGAGUAUUACUCUCAACCCAGUUAGUAUGGACUCAUCUUAAUUUAAUAACUUCAGGAAAAGAAAUAUAGAUAGUUCUCAGUCUAAUUAUAAUCAAAGUUAAGGAGGGUAGUACUAAUAGCAAUCCUACUAAAUGUAAAAUUAUAGUAACACAAAUACUAAUUAAUAAACUGCAGCUAAAAAAUUUCAAAUGCCAACAGCGCCAAUCUUUUUAUCAAAUACUCUGAAUAUUAAUAACAAUAAUAAUAAUAAUAAGUAUUCCAGUCAUUCAAACAGGGAUAUUAGUGAAGAUUGCUCAUCUCAACUUAAUCAAAAUGAAGAAGUUCUUUCUAACAACGGCUUGCCUUCCUACACAGAAAUCGCUAUUGGUAAUGACUAAUAAAAUUUAAAUAAUAAUACAAAGAGCUACUAUGAUAAUUAAAAAGAAAAAGAGGACUUCAUUAGACCUCUCUCUUAUCAGAUUAAAGCUCCUAGCGAACGUUACAAGCUAAGAUAGGAAAGUCCUCAGCUAGUGCAAAAUCUUUUAGAACAGUAGCAAAACUAAUAACCAUACUUGAGGAGAGAGUCAGAAGAUAGAAUUUUAAAUCAAAGAAGAUUAAGUAAAAAGAAUAUAGACUAUUAAGGCUCUCUAGAUACAAUAGAUUAGGCUAGCAGCAUACUAUAAAACACUCUGCAAUUAGCUUAAGGCUAAAGAAAGAGUAUGAAUAACAUUUUAUAAAUAACAACUCAGUCAGUCUUAAACAUCACCUAAGAUGUAAAUAAACAAAUUCCUAGUAUUCCUAGUAUAGCAGCUGCUGUCAACGAUGACUCAACUAAAAACUCCUAGAAUGCCUUAGCAGAUAUUCAGCAGAUAGCCUCUGAACCUAAAAUGACAGGCUAUCCAAUGUCAUCUCAGAUUCCUCCUACACAUUUUACAAGCUUAACAAGUCUAGAUUUUGCACCUUAACAAAAAGAUUUCUUUUUAGUUUCUUCAACUCAAGCAGCUUCUCUACAGUAGCAAACACAAGGUAAUGAGCAGCCUUAUUCAAUCCUUCAAAAUUAUCGUUCAUAGUUCCCCAUGGCUGGAAACAUCUUAUUGAAAAAGAAUAAAAAUCCUAACAACAUUGAGGAAUUGUAAUAAAUGCAGAGGUUGUUAAACGGAGUUAAUCAAUAAAUUGGAUAACAGUAGCAACAAUAAAUUUAAUAAUAGCAGCAAUAAAUAGCAAAUAACUUAAAUAGUAAUAAUAAUCUAAAUAUUACUGGCACAAAUAGCAGUAUAACCAUGAAUAACAGCAAUACCUUUGCAACUCCUUCUACUGCAGUUAGUUAAUAAAGGCUUAUGCAAUAAUAUCAACAAUAACAACAAAGUGCUAAGCGAGCUGCUGCUCUUCUUAAUUAAAACAUGCCUCCAAUCUAAAAUGUAGUAAAUUUUCCUGUACAAAAUAUGUUACUUACAAAUAAUGGGUUUUCAUCAACUAAGAGUUCUACUAGAUAAUCCCAAUAAAUGCAAUUUGGAAUGCAGAGCUUCCCUGAAAGCAACAUGCUAAUUCGUUAAAGUUUAAAUCUCCCACUCCAAUAGCAAUAACAAUAACAGUAAUAAGUUUCUUAAGCUAAUUAAGAUGAUUAAAACAGCAUAUUAAAUUCGAAUGCUAUGAAAAUUAAUCCAAGACAAUCUCGCACAAACUAACUUUUAAUCCAAUCUUAGCAAUUUUCUACCAUGGUACAAAAUAAUAUUCUCACACAUUAGUUAUAAAUGCAAUAGUUAUAAAGAGAUUCUCUGUAACAGAAAUAUAUCUAGCAAUAGCAGCAAUAGCAAAUCUUAAUUUAAUAGCAAUAGUAGGGCUUGAAUCCUGCUGCUUUUUUCUAGUCACCUACUUCAAAUAAUUCUAUGUAAUUAGGUUCCCUUACUUAAUAGCCUCUACAAAAAAAGUAAUUCGGCUAAUCACAAUUUGGUUUAGUUGGCAAUUCGUAAUAGUCUCCUUCACAAUUGUUUAUGCCUUAGUUAUCUGGAGCUUAGCCUAACUAAAACUAGCAAUAAUAUUCUCUAUCACAGCAUAAUUUAUUCUAGACUUAAUCACUCUAAUAACUCCCUUCUAACAACAGUAAUUAAAUUUUACAAUACCCUAAUACUAAUUAGCAGCAAGGAUACAUUUAAGCUAUGAAUAGUAAUGCUAAUUAGUUAGCUUAAGCUUAAAGCAUAUUAAACCUUUAAAAUAUCAUGAGUUAAAAAUAUAUUUCUUAAGAGAUUAACUUCAAGAAACUUAGAGGUAGCUUGAGCAACAAUCCCAAGUAAUUAAGUUCAAAUUUACUUACACAAAAUAAUUUUAAUGAAAGUUCAACCAAAGGCUCUCGUCAUAGAAAAAAAUAUUUAGGUAAUGCCUAUCACCUAAAUGGAACAAGUAAUCUAACAAAUGGAAACGGAUUAUUAGGGGAAAUAACUAAAAUUACUGAAGAAAAUACAGGCAGCAACAUACUUGAAAAAAGAGACAUAAACUCUGCGAGUUCAGUAUACCGCAAACAAAAUGAAGGAUUAGAUAUUAAACCAAAUACUACUCGUAAUCACUUAAAUUUGAAACUCUCAACAAUUUAAAAUGAACUUGAAGAUAAAAACUAAACAGAAUAAGAGACUGAUAUGUAUUCUAAAACUUAUACAGCAAUGAAAAAUUUCGUAAUAUCUCCUCCAAGAAAAGUAAUUGCAUCAAAAGGAUCAAAACGUUAGAAUAACGAUGGAGAGUCAAAUGAGGGUUUCCAAAAUAAUCCAAUUCUAAUGAAAAAACCUUCUCUGAGUAGUGUUAGCAUGGCUCCAGUUAGCCUUUCCUUACAACAAAGUUGA